ACCACUCUUCAACACUCACUACCAGACUGUCCACAAAAAAAAGUCUUCACCUUUAUUCAUUCAUCUUCUUCUUCUUCUUCUUCUUCCCAAUAAAAAGAGUAAACAAAGAAGAAGAAGAAAACAAAACAAACAACCAAAAAAUGGCAUCUUCAUCACUCCCAAUCUCACCAUCCCCUACACCAGACCCAUCUCAAGCUCUGCUCUCACACAGCAAAAUUGAAUCUUCCCUUAAACAUCCAAAUCAAAAACCCACAACAACCCUCAUCUUCAUUUCACUUCUCCUCAUCACUUGCAUUGCUCUUUCUUCAUCAAUCGCAUUUGCAUUCCUUUUCUUCUCCUCCGCAUCAUCUUCACAUCCCACUGCUCUCAAAACCCCAAUUCAACUCACAACCCGUCCAUUACAGAAACUCAAGAAACCAGUUAUAAUCUUAAUUUCUUCAGAUGGGUUUCGAUUUGGUUACCAAUACAAAACAGAUACACCAAACAUUCAUCGAUUAAUCAAUAAUGGGACUGAAGCAGAAAUGGGUUUAAUCCCUGUUUUUCCAACACUUACUUUCCCUAAUCAUUACUCAAUUGUCACCGGUCUUUACCCUGAAUCACAUGGGGUUAUCAAUAAUCGAUUUACUGAUCCAAUUUCCGGUGAGGGUUUUACAAUGCAGAGUAAAGAACCAAAAUGGUGGCUUGGAGAACCAAUUUGGGAGACGAUUGUGAAUCAAGGGGGGAUUGCUGCAACUUAUUUCUGGCCUGGGUCUGAGGUAAAUAAAGGUUCUUGGAAUUGUGAUACUAAAUAUUGUAAGCAUUAUAAUAGUUCUGUUCCUUUUGAAGAUAGGGUUGAUUCUGUGUUAGAGUAUUUUGACUUUCCUAGUGAUGAAAUCCCUUCAUUGAUGACACUUUAUUUUGAAGACCCAGAUCAUCAAGGUCAUCUAGUUGGACCUGAUGAUCCUGAGAUUACGAAAGCCGUAGCUCAUAUUGAUAGUUUGAUUGGUAGGUUGAUUAAAGGGUUAGAGAAAAGAGGGGUUUUCGAAGAUGUUAGUGUGAUUAUGUUAGGUGACCAUGGUAUGGUUGGUACUUGUGAUCAGAAACUAGUGUUUCUUGAUGAUUUGGCCAAGUGGGUGAAGGUGCCGAAAGAAUGGGUCCAAUCGUAUACUCCGGUGUUAGCAAUUAGUCCUCCGGAGGGUGUUUCUCAUUCGGAUGUUGUGGCGAAAAUGAAUGAAGGUUUGGCGUCGGGUAAGGUUAAGAAUGGGAUGAAUUUGAAGGUUUUUCUCAAGGAGGAUUUGCCGAAACGGUUGCAUUAUGCUUCGAGUUAUCGAAUUCCACCUAUUAUUGGAUUGGUUGGAGAAGGGUAUAAGGUAGAACAGACGAAUGUGAAGAGGCAAGAAUGUGGUGGCGCUCAUGGUUAUGAUAAUGCUUUCUUCUCCAUGAGGACUAUAUUUAUAGGUCAUGGCCCUCAGUUUGCUAGGGGUUGCAAAGUUCCGUCAUUUGAGAAUGUUCAGAUUUAUAACUUGCUAACUUCAAUUCUUAAGAUAAAAGGAGCUCCAAAUAAUGGUACUUCAUCGUUUGUGGAUUCCAUUCUUUUGAAUGAAUCCCGGUGAUGUUAGCUGUAAUGGAACAUCCAGAAAUGAUUUGUAGCUGCAUCCGUCAUUGCAAAAAUAGCAGCAAACAGGUGUGCAGAAUGUUCAUGGGGCAGGUAAAACUUAAAUUAUAUAUGAGUUCUAGUUUUCGUGUUUAGUGGGUUUAACUGUUAUCAUUUGGCAUCCUUGUCAUAAUAAUCCUAGUACAUAAGCAUAAUGGUCGCCAUAUCCUGGUUGUAAUUCUGUAAAACUUCCUAUGUUUUCGUAGGAAGCUGUGAAUGAAAUUUCCACGCGACAGUUCUCCACUC